AUGUUCUCUGGAGCAGUCACAUGUUCACCAGUGAAGCGCAGACUGAGGAGUGACUUCUUCCACAGUCCUGACCUGUACCUGUGCUUCAGUCCUGACCUGUACCUGUUCUUCAGUCCUGACUCCUUGUACCUGUGCUUCAGUCCUGACUCCUUGUACCUGUGCUUCAGUCCUGACUCCUUGUCUCUGUGCUUCAGUCCUGACCUGUCCCUGUGCUUCAGUCCUGACCUGUACCUGUGCUUCAGUCCUGACUCCUUGUCCCUGUGCUUCAGUCUUGACCUGUCCCUGUGCUUCAGUCCUGACCUGUCCCUGUGCUUCAGUCCUGACCUGUCCCUGUGCUUCAGUCCUGACCUGUACCUGUGCUUCAGUUCUGACCUGUACCUGUGCUUCAGUCUUGACCUGUCCCUGUGCUUCAGUCCUGACCUGUCCCUGUGCUUCAGUCCUGACCUGUCCCUGUGCUUCAGUCCUGACCUGUACCUGUGCUUCAGUCUUGACCUGUCCCUGUGCUUCAGUCCUGACCUGUACCUGUGCUUCAGUCCUGACCUGUACCUGUGCUUCAGUCUUGACCUGUACCUGUGCUUCAGUCCAGACCUGUCCCUGUGCUUCAGUCCUGACCUGUACCUGUGCUUCAGUCCUGACCUGUACCUGUGCUUCAGUCCUGACCUGUACCUAUGCUUCAGUCCAGACCUGUACCUGUGCUUCAGUCCUGACCUGUCCCUGUGCUUCAGUCCUGACCUGUACCUGUGCUUCAGUCUUGACCUGUCCCUGUGCUUCAGUCCUGACCUGUACCUGUGCUUCAGUCCUGACCUGUACCUGUGCUUCAGUCCUGACCUGUACCUGUGCUUCAGUCUUGACCUGUCCCUGUGCUUCAGUCCUGACCUGUACCUGUGCUUCAGUCCAGACCUGUACCUGUGCUUCAGUCCUGACCUGUCCCUGUGCUUCAGUCCUGACCUGUCCCUGUGCUUCAGUCCUGACCUGUCCCUGUGCUUCAGUCCUGACCUGUACCUGUGCUUCAGUCCUGACCUGUCCCUGUGCUUCAGUCCUGACCUGUACCUGUGCUUCAGUCCUGACCUGUACCUGUGCUUCAGUCCUGACCUGUACCUGUGCUUCAGUCCUGACCUGUACCUGUGCUUCAGUCCAGACCUGUCCCUGUGCUUCAGUCCUGACCUGUCCCUGUGCUUCAGUCCUGACCUGUACCUAUGCUUCAGUCCAGACCUGUACCUGUGCUUCAGUCCUGACCUGUACCUGUGCUUCAGUCCUGACCUGUCCCUGUGCUUCAGUCUUGACCUGUCCCUGUGCUUCAGUCCUGACCUGUACCUGUGCUUCAGUCCUGACCUGUACCUGUGCUUCAGUCCUGACCUGUACCUGUGCUUCAGUCCUGACCUGUCCCUGUGCUUCAGUCCUGACCUGUACCUGUGCUUCAGUCUUGACCUGUCCCUGUGCUUCAGUCCUGACCUGUACCUGUGCUUCAGUCCUGACCUGUACCUGUGCUUCAGUCCUGACCUGUCCCUGUGCUUCAGUCCUGACCUGUACCUGUGCUUCAGUCCUGACCUGUCCCUGUGCUUCAGUCCUGACCUGUACCUGUGCUUCAGUCCUGACCUGUACCUGUGCUUCAGUCCUGACCUGUACCUGUGCUUCAGUCCUGACCUGUACCUGUGCUUCAGUCCUGACCUGUACCUAUGCUUCAGUCCAGACCUGUCCCUGUGCUUCAGUCCUGACCUGUACCUGUGCUUCAGUCCUGACCUGUACCUAUGCUUCAGUCCAGACCAGUCGGUGCUGUCUCCUGACUCGUCGUACCUGCUGAACAGCCCGGACAGCGCCCCCUGCUGGUGCCGGCGCUCCCCGCGGCUGCUCACCAACGGUUACUACAACCUGAGCCAGGGCAGCUUCAGCGUAGACCAGAGCGGACACGUGUCUCUGCAGGAAGCUCCGCCCAGAGUGAGCUACAGGGAGAGCUCUGUGCGUGUGUUCCGGCGGCGGCGGCGCUCUCUGGUCUCUCUACUCCACGACGUCAAAGACAACUGUCAGUCCUGGCUCUUCACCGGAGUCUUCAGGACCCAAAGUUCAGACCCAGGUCCAGGUCCAGGGCCGGAUCUGGACCUGAGCCCUGAGACCACCCACAGACCAUCCUGGGACCUAGACCUGGACUGCAGCCGAGACCAGGACCCACUGUGGACCAGACUCAACAGCACCGAGCUGGACGAGAGACUCGACUUUGUCUACGACCCCACUGAAGUCCCGCCUCCUCUGGACAAACAGCCCCUGAUCCAGGAAGAGCCUGCCCCCGACACCUGUCAGUCACAGGAAACUUUCGGCCAAUCAGUGGGCGGCUUGUCGGAAGUCCCGCCCACUGUGUUCUCCCAGAGCUGCUGCUGCCAGAGCUCAGAACAGAGAGGUCUGACAGGGAGGGGCCUGCUCCUCUUCAUCUUCACAGUCUUCAUCAUGGCGGCUCUGUUGUCACGGUAA